ACUAGCUCUUUCCGAGCGAAUUGCGGGGUGAAGAUUUGUUCGUGAUGCCUUAAUACCCGAUCAGUCCUGACCCCUUACUGUGACUGCAAUCUAAACACUGUUACUUAGCGGCAUGCUGUAAACAUUCAACGUCAACGAUUAUUGAAAUGUGUGCAUAGGUUCUAUUUCUUCGCGUUGUACAUAGGCUUCACAAUGGCGGGUCUCGUGAUAAGCUAUCAACCUGAGAGCAAUAUUUUGGGACCUGUGCCUGGGGAAGAUGGAGGUCCUAUAAGGAUAAGACCUAUGAUAGAGCAAGACUCUGAAAACGUCGCGAACUUGCAGAUCGAGGCGUUCCGGGGGAAGGUUGAAUGGGCAGUAGGGAAAUCUAAUGUCAAUAAAGUGAGUAGAGCGUGGGGCAAUGGGUUGAGAAGAUCUCCUCUAUGGUGGCCCAGAUAUUUCGUUGCCGAGUUAAAUGACGAGUUUGGCUGUCAUUUUGCUGGCGCGAUCGUUUUAGGUUUCUAUGCAGACAGGAGCUUGCCAGAACCACAUUUCGACACGAAUGGACUUGGUUGCAAAGUCCUCUGUGGAAUGGCGUGUAUGGAUAUGGCUCUUGCUGAAAAAAAAUCAGAUCCAAGCAAGGGUUACGUGGAGACUAUAUGUGUAGAAUCCAAGUAUCGUGGAAAGGGGAUUGGCAAAGUGCUUCUGGACAGAGCGGAAUACGAAGCGAAAGCAAUGGGAUGCAAGUCCAUCUAUCUAAAGGUAAAACGAACAAAUCGAGCAAAGAACCUGUAUGAGCGCCAGGGCUAUAGAGUGACAAAGGACCAUGAUGGUUGCUGUUGCACAUAUUGUGCAGUUGGAAUCAGGCAUUUUUACGAAAUGGAAAAACAGCUUAUUUAGAAUGAAAUAGGAAGACAGGAUGUGCUGAUGUUGUCGUACAUAUGCCUUUCGAUGAAAAAAGGAAAAGACGGAAGGAAAAAGUAUAUAUGCAUCCACAGAUUUGAAAUUCUAAAGGAUCAACUAACCAUGUUGUAGAUGUAUACAGGUGACUCAACGUCUUACCAUAGCAGUAUUGGACAUAACCGAUUUGACAUCCUUCUGUACAGAAUGACAUAUGUCAAUAAAAUAAGGGCGGUGCCCCAAUUCCUCCAUAGGAGUUUACCAGAUUAACUACCAGCCAGCACAAUUUUCUGUGAUACACUGUAUAUGUGCUGAUAACAGAAAUGGACUUAUUGUAGCCUCUGAAUCUCAGGUGUAUGUGAUUUCAGAAAGAACUAUAUUUAUAUCUCUCUUACUUAUAUCUCCAGAAUUUAAAGAAAUAUUGUUUGGAUAUAAAGAAUUUUAUUAGUAACGCAAGUAUUUUUUAAUGUUUAGCUUUUUAGUGUUUAAGUAUUUUUAAAAGAUAUCUUCAAGAUUUAAUGAAAAAAGAAAAAUUAACGUAUUUGCUUUAGAGUCCUUAUAUAUAAGCACCACAUCGCUUGCAAGUCUCAUAAUAUUGUGUUUGGUGUAGUUUAAGUGCCUGUUUCAAAUAGUUCUUUGUUUGGUUGAUUGCUUGUGAUUAUGUAAUAUGAGUUUACAGUUUUAUGCAAUAUGUUGCUCGUAGUAUUUUCGUAUAGUGGUCUUUGUCAGCUUUUUGUAAUGACGGAUUUGUAGAAGAUGCAACUUAAUUAUUUUUCAAAGUGACAUUUAAGCUAUUCACAUUGUAUGUCCAAAUGCGCAUACCUAUAACAGAAUUCUUACAGAUAUCAUACAUUUGAAUAAAAAUAGUUUUUAUUUAUGUUGA